UGCUACGUGUGGUAGCUAGAUCGCCCCGAAGGCUCCUAUAGUACCUACGAAGAAUCUGGGAGAGGUCAUGUACCAUCAUAGAGAUUCCAUUCACUACGCUGCUAAAUUCAACCGCUUGGUGUAUCGCGGGAAGCCUCGUCUGAGCACAGCGCUAUGCUUGCUCCAGGGACAGGAUUUCGUGAGUGCGAAUUUCAAGUCGGUGAAAACACCUUUUAUUGUGUGCCACGGAGCGGCUGAUGAGAUCACGGAUCCUCACGCGGAUGUUGAGAUGUACAACUUGUCACCAGCUCAACGCGAAUCCAGAGUUUGUCUGUAUCCUGGUCUGAGACAUUUCAUCACCGGCAUGCAGGAACCUGAAGAAUCGCAAAACGUGUUUGACGAUAUGUUCGAAUGGAUUAACAAUCGUACUGAAGAGGUGAACCAGCGUGAAGAGUGAAAUCCUGCUUUCUUGUUGAUUCCUAUAAAAACCAUACGGAAAUGCAAUUACUGUGUAUACGACGUUCCUUUAUUCCCUUUAAUGGGAUCCCACAGUUUGUCUAUUAUACAGAGGCUGUCUAGCGGAGCGGAGCGUUUCUCCUUUUCUAUGUUCAAAGAUUUGUUCCGUUCUCGAAGUACUACUGCGCGUGU